UUUACAUUAUAUCCAUUAUUUCAUGUUAGAAGCAAUUUUUUCCGAGAAAAAGUAAAAAUGUCGUUAUAUUCGUUUAAUACAGGAUUUAUUAGUUUGUUUAAAGAAUAUGGUAUAAAAUAUCCAAUAGUAAAAGCUCCUAUGGCAAAAAUAUCUGAUGUAAAGUUAGCAAGUGAAGUUUAUUUAGCAGGAGGGUUAAGUUUUCUUUCAACAGGAUAUAAGUCUUAUGAAGAUAUUGAUAAUGAUUUAAAAUCAAUUCGCGAAUUAUUAAAAUCUACUCCAACCAACGGAUUAUUACCAAUUGGUAUAGCAUUUAUGACAUUUGCACUAGACUCUGAAUUUUCCUCCUCCUCUUCAAAUUCGUCUCUUCAUUUGACCCUUUCUUAUAAACCAUUAGCAAUUUGGUUUUCAUUUGGUGAUUUUUCAAAAUAUGUACCUAUAGUACGUUCAUUAUCACCUCACACAAAAAUAUUUGCUCAAGUACAAACAAUAGAACAAGCAAUAAAUGCAUAUAAAAAUAAUGCAGACGUGAUUGUAGUACAAGGUAAUGAGAGCGGUGGACAUGGAUUAAUUAAUGGUGCAUCUACAUUAACUUUGGUACCUGAAGCUAUUGAUACUUUAAAUCAAAUUUAUUCCUCUUCUAAAGAAGAGAACUUAAAAAAGCCUAUUAUCCUGGCUGCAGGAGGAAUUAUUGAUGGUAGAGGUUUAGCUUCAGUAUUAAUGCUCGGUGGUGACGGAGUUGUAAUGGGGACAAGAUUUAUAGUUUCUAAAGAGUCUGCUGCUCAUCCUGAUUCCAAAAAAAUCAUUAUUAAUACUAAUGAUGGUGGUGUAAAUACGGUUAGAACUCAGAUAUUCGAUAAAUUAAAAGAACAGAAUACUUGGCCAUCUCAAUGGGAUGGUAGAGCAAUUAAAAAUAAAACUGUUGAAGAGAUUGAGGAAUUAGGUGGUGAUGAUGAAAAAAUCGGCGAAAGAAAAAAAAUUUACAAAGAAGCUGUUUUGGGAAAAGAUUAUUCGAGAGCGGUUAUUUAUGCUGGUUCCGGAGUUGGAUUAAUUCGUGAUGAACCGUCUGUUAAAGAAAUCUUGGAAAAUACGGCAAAAGUUGCUACAGAAACAAUCACACAUGUAUAUAAUUCGGUUAUUACAAAAGAAAAUAUUUCGAAAUUUUAUUAGUCUAGAAGAUUUUGUGUUUGUAAAUUUUAUUUAAAUAUUUUAUUCAACUAUUGUUAUUAUUUAAUUCCAACAAUGACCAUAUUUCUUGGACUU